UCUUUUUUUAGAAUAAAAUAUUAAUUUAUUUAUGUAUAUAAUUGUAUAUUGCUAUUUAUAUAUAAUUAAUAAAAUACAUAAUAUAUGAAUAUUAAUAAUAUAAUUUUUAUAUGAAAAUAUAAAAGAUCAUCCCUACCGGCCCCUCACCCCUUACCGUCGGUAUCCCCUACGCCGGCGCCUCCCUCCCCCGUUCUCUGCCAUCACCUCCCCUGUUCUCUGUCUAUAUUUUUGUGCAGUUCUUUGAGUGUUUUUAUUAGAAUUUUCCAUUUUUAUGAUUUUAUUAUUUUUUCAGACAUUUAGGUAAGGAGAACAUGAAUAUUCAAAUUGUAGGUAGUGCUGUAGUGGGGGUUGUGGUAGUUUGGAAAUUCGAGGGUUUUAAGUUCUGAGUAGUUUUCCAAAUCUGAUUGAAAUUCAAUACUCGGAAUAACUUUUCUUUAAGUUUUUCCAAAGAAUUAAAGGCUUCUGUUCCCCCUUGCAUGCCAUGAGAAAUGCCGUAUCUACAGCUCAGAAAUGCAAAGUUUGAUCUAUCCUACUCCUUGACGGCAAUUUCCGUAAGAUCUAUACAUCUCCUCUAUAACUCUACUCCUAAAAUGCAAUACCCAAAUGCUGAUUCAAACCCACAACUACUUCCCUCCAUAUCUUCGCCAAAUCCGUUGCAGUCGCAAUUUCCAAGUACACUACGUCAUCCGCAUGAAAUUAACCACGUCGUCAUGAGCAACAAAAAGAUAACCUCCUAUAUUCGACGUGGGGACCUAAACUCAGCAAUGGAAGUUUUUCUAAAUAUGAAGAUGAGGACAACGGUCACUUGGAAUUCGAUUCUAUCCGGGUUUUCAAGCAAGCCAGGGAAACUGAAAGAAGCAGAAGACCUGUUUGAUAAAAUUCCUGAACCAGACACUGUUUCGUACAAUGUCAUGUUGGCUUGUUACUUCAAAAAUGCUGCUGUGGAGGCAGCUAAAGAUUUCUUCUAUCGAAUCCCGAUUAAAGAUAUUGCAUCAUGGAACAUUAUGAUUUCAGGGUUUUCGCAAAAUGGGAGGAUGGAUGAUGCUAAGGAGUUGUUUGAUGUCAUGCCAAGAAGAAAUAUUGUGACCUGGAAUGCGAUGAUAUCGGGAUAUGUUGAGGCUGGGAAUAUGGAAUCAGCGCUAGAAUUAUUUGGAAAGGCUCCUGUGAAGAGUGUAGUUGCCCGGACGAGUAUAAUCACUGGGUAUAUGAAGUGCAGUGAGGUUGAAUUGGCUGAAAAAGCUUUUCAUGAAAUGCUGGAAAAGAAUUUGGUAACCUGGAAUGCAAUGAUUGCGGGUUACGUGGAAAAUGGUAGAGGAGAGGAUGCUUUGAAGCUUUUCAAGAAAAUGUUGGAAUUGGGGAUCCAGGCCAAUCCGUCAAGCUCGAGUAGUGUUCUUUUGGCUUGUAGUAAUAUGUCACUGUUGAAAUUGGGGAAACAAAUUCAUCAAUUUUUGUACAAGUCCCCUAUGUAUUUUGACACGACUGUAGGAACUUCAUUGAUCAGCAUGUACUGCAAGUGUGGGGUUCUGGAAGAUGGAUGGAAAUUGUUUAUGGAGAUGUCAUCUAAAGAUGUGGUGACUUGGAAUGCAAUGAUUUCAGGCUAUGCCCAGCAUGGGGUCAGCGACAAGGCUCUCCAUCUGUUUUCUGAGAUGAGAGAUAAAGGAACGAAACCAGAUUGGAUUACCUUUGUUGGAGUCUUAUCUGCCUGUAAUCAUGCUGGAUUAGUGGAUCUUGGGAUUUAUUAUUUCGAGAAAAUGCAAAAGGAUUAUGGAAUUAUAGUAAAACCAGAUCACUACACAUGUAUGAUUGAUCUACUUGGUCGAGCUGGUAAGCUUACUGAGGCAGUGGAUUUGAUUAAAAAUAUGCCCUUUAAACCUCAUUCUGCAAUAUAUGGAACCCUUCUAGGUGCUUGUAGGAUACAUAAGAAUUUAGAAAUUGCUGAGUUUGCUGCCACAAACUUGCUUAACCUCGAUCCUGUUAAUCCGGCUGCCUACGUGCAACUUGCUAAUGUCUAUGCUGCAAAGAAGAACUGGGAAGGUGUUUCUAGAAUUAGAAGAUCAAUGAAGAAAAAUAUGGUCAUUAAAACACCUGGAUGUAGCUGGAUUGAGAUAAAGAGUGUAAUUCAUGAGUUCAGAUCAGGAGAUAGGCUUCACUCUGAGCUUGUACACAUACAUGCCAAACUCAUUGAGCUUGAGAAAAAAAUGAAGUUGGCAGGUUAUGUGCCUAAUCUUGAAUCUGCUUUGCAUGACGUCUCGGAGGAGCAAAAAGAGCAGCUACUUCUGUGGCAUAGUGAGAAACUUGCUAUAGCCUUUGGAUUAAUAAGGGUGCCAUUGGGUCUACCAAUCAGAGUAUUUAAGAACCUCAGAGUUUGUGAAGACUGCCAUGAGGCCACAAAAUUUAUCUCAGCAAUAGAAGGUAGGGGAAUAGUUGUGAGAGAUACGACAAGAUUUCACCAUUUUCAGGACGGAAAAUGCUCUUGUGGCGAUUACUGGUAGACGCACUAAACAGAAGUGGAACAGCUCCUUAAGUUCUGUUUGAGAUAAGUUUUGGUUCGCUUUGUGACCAGAAACUGGUUACUUGCCAUCUGUGAAUUUUACUAUCAACAAGAAGCUGCCAGCCAGGCUUGGAACUCAUCAUGUCAAAUAGAUCUGCAGUCAUAUUUUGACACUCAAGCGGCAUAUGAAACUCAUGCCUGCUUGCAUGAACCUCUCGGGUCCAUUCUUGUGCCAAGCUCCAAAACAAGGUGAUAUCAGUCUCACCUCUGCUCACCCCUCGAGCCAACGUUUCAGUCAGAAAUUUCAGAAAGGUCACAAUCUGUAUAAAGGUUUUCCAUUUGCAAUGUAGCACAAACAUUAUCUGAUGAUACAUUAUGGUCACUGAGGAAGUGACAAUCUGUGUAGGCAACAUGUAGAAGUGAGGACUCUCUUCUGGAGUGGACCCCUAAAUACGUACAUAAAAGAAAAAAGAAUUU